AUGCAAAGUUACUUCAAAAAGACAGGCCCGCCCAUGUUCCUUUUGCUGGUUGGGUCUCUUUACGCCACUGCCACAAUAGGCAUAUCCGUGUGGCCUUUACCCUCUCAGUACUCAUCUGGCACCCAGCCGCUAUGGAUUGCAGAAAACGUGCAAUUCACAUAUGAGACAAUCAACAACACAACGAAAAAUAUCACCUACGGUAGUCAGACUACAAAUGAGAGUCAGCCCGCCUCCGCAUUGAGCACCAAGUUGGUUGUUGAUGCUGCCAUUGCCCGCACCAAAUAUCGCCUAUUCAACGAUAAAUUCAUACCUUGGAAAUUCCACCCGCGCAACUCUAACUUCGAACCCCCCGCGAAUGCCCUUAAGUCAUACAUAAGCGAAAUAGCUUUGGUGCAGAAUGCAUCAGAUCCGACCAAUGUCUUCAAGGCUUUAGAUGGGGAACUGGACGAAUCCUACAAUAUGGCCAUCACUCAAGAUGGCCAAAUCACUAUCACUUCCUUGACAAGUUUGGGAAUCCUCCACGCGCUCGAGACCCUAACCCAGCUAUUCUAUCAAUCUAGCAGCGGAGGAAUCUAUAUCCCAAAUGCGCCAGUAAGCAUUACGGAUGCUCCCAGGUUCGCCCACCGAGGCCUUAACUUGGAUGUUUCUCGAGCUUACUACGCUCCCUCUGACAUUAUGCGGACUAUUGACGCUCUAGCGUGGAAUAAAUUCAACCGUCUUCAUCUACACGCCAGCGACUCCCAAUCGUGGCCUCUUGAGAUACCGGCCCUGCCUGAGCUGGCGAAGGAUAGUGCAUAUAUGAACGGUCUUUCCUACAGCCCGGCCGUUUUGGCUGGGAUACAAGAGUACGGUGCGUACCGUGGGAUACAAGUAUCAAUCGAGACAGAUAUGCCAGGACACACGUCGUCCAUCGCAUUAGCGUACCCCGACCUUAUUGCAGCUUUCAAUGUGCAGCCCGACUGGGCGACCUACUCUGCGGAACCGCCUACAGGGCAACUGAAGCUCAACUCCUCCGCGGUAUACGAGUUCCUUGGCACCUUAUGGUCUGAUCUACUGCCUCGGUUGUCUCCAUACACUGCAUAUCAUCACACCGGCGGCGACGAGGUCAACGCGAACGUGUAUUUGCUUGACGAGGGCGUGCGGUCGAACAAAUCAUCCGUAAUUCAGCCUUUAUUGCAGAAACUCAUCGAUUUCAAUCAUGAACAUGUACGAGCUGCAGCUUUGACACCGAUGGUUUGGGAAGAGCAACUUCUUCAGUGGAAUUUGACGCUCGGAUCUGAUGUCGUGGUUCAGACUUGGAUGAGCGAUGAUUCUCUCGCACGCACAGUAGCCAUGGGACAUAAAGCAUUGUUUGGAAACUACAAUUACUGGUACCUCGACUGCGGCAAAGGCCAAUUCCUCGAUUUCUACCCCGCAUCUUUCCAAGAAUACUACCCUUUCACGGAUUACUGCUCGCCAACCAAGAAUUGGCGCCUCAUAUACUCCUAUGACCCUCUCUACAACAUUCCGCCGAAUUCUACCCAUCUCGUUUUGGGCGGUGAGAUUCACAUGUGGAGUGAACAAACCGACCCUGUCAUCCUGGACAGCAUGAUCUGGCCGAGAGCAUGUGCGGCAGGAGAGGUUCUGUGGAGUGGAGCCAAAGAUGCGCAAGGCAUGAAUAGGAGCCAGGUUGAGGCCAGCCCCAGGUUGGGCGAGAUGAGGGAGAGGAUGGUGCUGAGAGGAGUUGGGGCCGGCCCAGUGCAGAUGGUUUACUGUACCCAAAAUGGGACGCAAUGUGCGCUGUGA